AAAUAGCGUGGCAACUCUAAUUGUCAGCUGUUUUGGUUUUUUUUGUUGACGUUGUUGUGCGGUGUUCGUGUUGGCCAAUAUUAAUUGGUAACUAUGACGCUGGCCUAUGAUUCGGUAUUAGCCACCACGGCGGUGAUCAGCACCGUUUUUCAGUUUCUAUCCGGCACCGUAAUAUGCCGCAAAUAUAUACAAAAGAAGAGCACGGGCGAAUCGUCGGGUGUGCCAUUCAUAUGUGGCUUCUUAUCCUGCAGUUUUUGGCUGCGCUACGGCGUGCUAACCAACGAGCAGAGCAUCGUUAUGGUCAAUAUGAUAGGAUCCACGCUCUUUCUCAUCUACACACUCGUCUACUACGUGUUUACGGUCAACAAACGUGCCUAUGUUAAGCAAUUCGCAAUUGUCUUAGCCAUACUCAUCGCUGUUAUUGUCUAUACAAAUAGUUUACAAGACGAUCCACAAAAGAUGAUACAUUUAACAGGCAUUGUUUGUUGCAUUGUUACCGUUUGCUUUUUUGCUGCACCGCUGACGUCGCUGGUGCAUGUGAUACGAGUGAAGAACUCGGAAAGUUUGCCCUUGCCCCUAAUUGCCACAUCGUUCUUUGUCAGUCUGCAGUGGCUAAUCUACGGCAUUCUAAUAUCGGACUCAUUUAUACAGAUACCUAACUUUCUCGGCUGUCUACUGUCCUUGCUGCAAUUGGGUCUGUUUGUACUGUAUCCGCCACGUAGCUAUAGUUAUUCCGGUCAGGGUUACAAGUUGCUCGAGCAGGCUGUGCCCUUUUAAGUUAUUAUUUUGAUUUAUAUUAAGUCGAGUAUUUGUAUGUACUUAUAUAUAGUGCGCAUUUUGCAUAUGACAUUUAAGCAUGUUUCAUACAG